GUACCGGCAAAUAGAUGAAUUAUUGAAAACAAGUGUUUGCCUCAGACUGGUGUUCUUGAUAACUCACUGCGAAUGUUCUACAUUUCGAAUAAUCCUCAUCAGUGAUGCCUCAAACCCUUUGAAUUAGCCAUGGAUGCGGUCAUGUCAUUAUCCACCGAGGAGCCGGUUGUAAUCUGACCUGCAAGCGAACCAAUCGCAAUGGUGUAUGUAGCUCACGCAACUCGUACAACGUCAUGCAUUCAGUUCGCGGAACAGUACACCGGUAGUAUCGGUGCAUACGCUGUGCAUUAUCUUGGUCCCGUCUUUGAGCAAAGACUACUUGACUGACUAUGAUCGAUGACCACAUGCUGUCGCUUCCAUGAAUAUUCCAUCGGAAAUUUACACUGAGUGUCUUCAUUCUGUGCGUAUCUCACAUGAAUAUAUGUCCGUUUCUUUCUUGUUGUUACUAUUCCCUGAAAGAUGUUCGUUACGAAGUUACUGCUAACCACUACUGGGCGUUCCGAGACUCCAAAAUUGAGCCGUGGAUCGUAGAUAAAGCACCAAGGAGAAAUUCACUGACUGACGCGGUGUAUAAACGGUUCCGCUUCAACGAUCAUGAUUUGAUGGCAGAUGCUGACGUGGUGGCCGACCUUCAAAGCGCAACUGAAUCAAUAUUCGCCCCCCUGAAUUCUCCCCUUGAGUCCAAUGCCUCGAAAAUAGAGUUCGCAAGGGCUUUGGAUGAAGGAUACGAGAAGAGUGUAGUGUUGCGCUCAUCGAACUCGGGACAAAAAUGCAUGCAACUCCUACAUGAUUUGCGUGAGGAAAGAUACUACCUGCGAAAGUGUCUCUUGUCGGCAUCAGAUUGUGACUACGGGCUCAGUCUCGCCGCUUGGGUUCAGUUCCUCAGCACCGACGUAUCCAAUUCGGAAACGAUUCUAGCCACCGGUCCAGACGUCGCCAACGGAUUUAGACUUUAUUUGCAAGCGGAUGAGCUGCGGUUCGAACUGAAGGACGAAUAUCGACAGUGGUCAAUUUGGGCUCCGUUCACCAAAAUUCCGGACAAGUGGGUGAACAUCGCAGUUACGUGGGGGAAGAGUACUCAAACACUUAGACUGCUUGUUGACCGAAUUGUGAUUGCUGAGCUGACACACUACACAGGUGAGCCAAUAAAAGGAUUCAAACUGGAACCUAGAACCCUUUGGGUGGGCUGCGCAGUGGACUCCAAGCACCGAGUGAAAUCAGACAGUGUGACCCAUGGACUUCGAGUUUCUGGCGUCGCCAUGUGGUAUUGGCCAAUACGAUUGGACGAACUACUUACUGCCAGCUUGGAAACUUACUUGCUAUCUGACGAAACGGCGAUGACCACGAUGGAGUCACCGGUUUCGGAUAUAAACUUCAAAGACUACACAUCCGAAUUGGAGGAGUUGGUUCCGCUUCCGGGCGAUGCAUAUCCUAAUAACCCCAUGUACGAAGUGGCUGACUACUACCAUCCCAUGCAAACGGCUCUGGAUCGAUUGAACUCACGCGAUGGAAUACGCGAGUCGGCAUCCGCAAGGAACCGCUACGCAUACAAGUUGGGCUCAAGCAACGGGUACAUAAAGCUGAAUACAUUUACAUCAAACGAAUGUCCUAAGAGGCUGCGGUUGUGUCGGAAUGGUCUGUCAGUCGGAUUCUGGAUGCACGUCCCAACCACUCUGGUGGCCGUGGACACCAUUGCGGACAUAAUCCAACUGGAUGGCGUCUUUGCACUGAGUCUGUUCAGAGAGACAUUGAACAUAUUCGUUGGCGAAGAAGGAACAAACGGUGUGUUCAGAAUCUUGCAUGCAGUACCUCGCGACGUGUGGUUCAACCUGGGUGUUUCUAUACACACUGCUCCCAUACAUCACAUUCAGGCCUUUUACAACGGUAUGUCAGUACCGGUGCAACAAGUUGAAGUACCGCCAAGAAACGGCAGUUCGAAGGAGACACUUAAUUAUUCACUUUUCAUCGGAAGCAAGUUGGUGUUCCAAGGUGCGAAAGGAGUUUCCCUCAAUGAUCUAACUAUGUGGUAUCGUGCGCUGUACAACUUCGAGUCCCACCGCUUCGUAGGUUACACAAGAUUACAGCUUGAACACCUGUCACGUGCUUCCCAUUACUGGACACCAGAUAUCUUUCUGUUUCAAGACAGUCCGUCGCAUAUAAAAAUGCGACAAAAAUACAAAUAUCUAAAACAAAGAGAAGACGGGUGGAACAUCGGAGGAUCGGGCUAUGCGUUGGCGUCAAUCUACAAGUCGGUGAAGGGAACUUUUCGUUAUGACACUUUGGACUAUAUGAAUAAAUCCACUGUGCCAGUGUUUGAAAUGCAUCCGAACCAAUAUAUGGUGUUAGGUCGAGAAAAAUCAAGCACACCAACUCUGAGGAACAUCGUUUGGGACAAACACUGCCUCCACAAUCCAAGUGAACGGCUUUGCGGAGUACGUGGAUUCACUAUUUCAAUGUGGAUCAAGAUCAUAACGGUCAGUACAGCGAGACUGCGAUUUUAUUUGAAUUCCGGUGACUCCGGGACCUCCUCUCUCACCGUCCGGGAUUAUCGUGGUGUUACCAUAUUCAGCGAAGCCUCUUUACUCGGAGUGUCAGUCUCGCAACGCUACACCGACUGGAAGCUUGUUUCGGAUUCGAAUAGCUAUAAACAGGGUCAGUGGAUAAAUAUUGGAAUUUUAUGGGAUGAGAAGGGAGGACUAGCAAUGCUUUUAGAUGGAGUAAACUACGGAAUACGUGACACAAAAGGCGAUAAAGUGCUCAAAGAGAGAUUGGCUCCUCCGCACGUUGUUCUCGGUCGACUGGAUGAUGAGGACGAGUCCACCUGGCUAUCUCCGAGACAAGCUAAUAUCAAAGCAGAGGAGUCGAACGGUCAGUUGGAUCCGAGAUGGGAGAUGUCUCAUUUUGCGCUAGGAGAGAUUGUCUACUACGACAGACGCAUCAGCCACAAUGAGUACAAGAGUCAGUUGGGGGUCAUUGGCGUUCCGGCAUUCCGUCGAUUUCAAGGAUAUCUAUGGCACGGCGUUGAAUUAAUCGAUCCCCCGAUCAGCCACCUCGCUUCAGCGCUAAAGCAGAAAAUAGUCAGGCCAGGUCCGGUGCUGUCUGACAAUGCAUAUUCAAAAGUUGUUCUUCUACGGGAUCCUGAUGCAGUGGAGCUGAUCAAUGGAUCCAGCUUACGCAUAGGGGUUUUGGAAGAGAAUCACUGCACAAGACAAGUUAGUUUUUGCUCAGAGGGUCUCAGUAUUGGUGCCUGGAUCCGUAUUGGGAGGCCGAAAUUCGGUGCGGAUCGGGAUUCGGAAGAGCCGAUAAUUCUGUUCACCGGAGCUAAUGGCAGGUUCGGUAUGGCUGCCAAACAAAACGGGCACGAGGUGAGCGCGUGGGUUGUGCCGAACGCAACAGAAACACAACAUGCAGACCUCAAGCACGGAUGUUGGUGUACCACGAUCGCUGAGGAGCUAGUAAAACGUACUACCAACCUACAAUGGAUCCAUUAUGCAUUGAUUUGGGAGCCGUCUACGGAUGGUAGAACAGAUACGCUUCACAUUGCGAUUAAUGGGAGGAUAAGAGCCAAAUGUGCGCAAUUAAAGGAAAAUAAUCAAAAUCCGGAGUCGAAAUGGGCCCACGGUGCUGCUUUACGUGCUGCGCAGUUGUAUACCGACACGAAUACCCCCGGAUCGGCGUACCUGCUCAUCUCCUCUACCUCACUCAGCUCAGUUGGAGGGACCAUGGCAGUGGCUAUCGUGGCUAUGAAGUCACGCGUGCUUGCAGACUCAUCUUUGAUGGAACUCAUGGGAUUGGAGUACCCACAAUAUUUAAAUAUGCGAGCGUCCACAUUCUACUGGCCAUUCAGCGGAUUAUUAAAGGAGUUAACCCCCGGACGCUUGAGACAUAGUGGUGUCACCUACACGCUAGACAAGUAUGACGCUCAAGACGGAGCAUUAUGUACUGACAGCACUGAGCAUUCGUACAUCGCACUGAUGGGCGACGCAGUGGACACGGUUGGAGGAACAAAUCUAGUGGACGCCUGCGUGGUGAACCCCACACCGUGCGGAUCAUUUGUGUUCAGUAUGGAGCUCAAACGAAGACCGUUUCCAUUUAACAACAAUGAAAGUGGAGAUUUUGAGCACGAGCUCUUCCGUUCUACGCCAUUGGACUCGCAGUCCGACCUAGUGGGACUGUACAUUACGCUCUCCGCAGACACACGAGUGUUGGUGAUCACAGUGAGGACUGAAUUCGUAACAAUGACCAAUUAUGUUGAGAUUGACCAGGUACAGAUCAAUAAGUGGAAUAAAUUCGAGAUCAUAUACACUCCCAAAGGGUUAAAAGUUCUUAGUGGAGACAGUGUAAUCGGAGCAAUGGAGAAGACAGUCACCCAAACGAAGAUGAACCUGCCUCUCAGCUCGAUCGCGAAAAUUAACCACCACAUGUACAUCGGACGUGGCUUUCCAGUAUGCGUUUCCGAUGUGUCGACACUAGACGUCCCAGCGGGACAAGAUGCGGAAAAUUUCAUAAGGAGUGGGUUGAGCACGUACUGCUACACGGAUACGGAUCUGCUGAUCGACUUCCGAGGAGAGCACCCGGAUCAUCUCGGAUUGCCGAAUUCGGCAACGCGCAUUGUCGAGUUAGCUUCUCCCAUCAAAAUCGAUAAAGCCCCUUGCUUCCUAAGGCCGAAGGAAUGCACCAGCAAUGAGUUCACUGUCUCCGUCUGGGUCAGGAUAGAUGCUUUGUAUGAUCCAAGUCACGAUAAAAACCCAGUGGAGACACCUACUCCGAUGAGUGCGGUUUUGUUUACAACUGGAUUACCAGGAAGGAGUGGAGUUACCAUGAAUGUAACUUCAAAGGUGACGGGCAACCACACGAGAAAAAUGGAUCUGGCCAUUAGAGUGUAUGCAGGCUCAGAAAAGUGGUCACUAAAUUCGCGGAACGUGAUACAACUGGGUGAAUGGGUGAACUUGGCAGUUCAUUGGAACAGCGCCAGUGAAGAUAGACUAGGCAAUCUGGAGAUUUACAUAAACGGCACAAGAAAGCAGUCUUCCAGUCGGCCCCGUCGGAGUUCCAGACCGCCUCAACAUGAUCUGACGUUAGGGCGGCUUUAUUUCAAUAAAGCAUAUGCUGAAGGACAACGCAACGGCGGAAACAUCGCGGAGCCACUCAUAAACGGUUUAAUCCACAACUUCGCCUACUGGUCAUCCAACCCCACUACCUGCUUCGGACCACGUAGCACAAAAAGGAAGCUGCUUGGUGAGUGCCUUACCGACCCGACACUGCCAGAGACUACGACGUGCACCCAUAUAGGCGAUUGCGAGCACGCUUACGGAGCAGUUUGCUUGGACCCGACCGUGGGCAACUUCCGGAAGAUGGCGGAGCAGGCGAAUCUUUUGGUGGAUCCCAAGGAUUUUUAUCGUAUUCUAAGUGUCGGUCUCGACCUAGUGAAGGAGUACGAGGAAAAAGACCAAACGAAAUUUUUGCUGGAGAAUGAAAUGACGCUUAUCAAGUCAAUACUUGUGUUUAUGAGGCGGUGGCCCCACGCUCUUCGGCUGGCAUGUGAAUCGUGGGAUUCCCUUCACUGCAGAGAACUUCAACUGGAAAAAGAUCGCUUUAUUCAGCUAUUGAUGAAAGUCGCUGUCUCCACUUCCUCGUCUAGGUGGCAGGAUGCAUGGAGGGAAUUGCCCAAACAGGGGGCAAUCAGAGCAGAUGAUCUCACAUCAAGUGCUAGUGGGAUGAUGCAGGCAAUCGGUUCAGCUUCAUUAACGCCUGAAGAGCAUCACCUAAACUGCAGUGUACAUACGAGUAGCGGAACUGCUGCUAUACUCAUGAUAAACUUUAAAUCGCCUUGUCCACCCGCAGUUAUCCAUCUCGAGAGCCAAAGCCACAUACAUUCCAAGAAUCUAGGUCACGCCGUGUUUACAAUUAGAAGAGAUGUGCAUCAAAAUAAUACAAUUCAAAUUGGUGUGGUGACUUUGUUAGGGUUCCCGGCGGCCAACAAGACAGAUAUCUUGGUAGCCGGAGGCUUGAAGAGAAAACAGUUUUCUGAACGGACACUACAGGGUUACAAAAAUUCUAUAUUCACACCAAACACCGAAGCCGAAGAAGCUAUUUUGACCGUUCGGAAAUCUGCGUCGAAGUUGGAAAUUCAAAGUCCGGUUUUUGUGUGCAACGCUAACCCGGAGAACAUGAUGGGCACAAAGAACUUAGAUGACACAAUACUGCAAUUCGUCAUAGAGCUGUCUGAACUAAAUGAGCAUGAAGCAACCUACUUCUACCGAACCACCGGUCGCAAGCGAUGGAAAGCGUUAGAAUCCACUAUGGAGCAAAAAGUGGAGGGAAAGGGGAGCUGGCCAUUGACAUAUCCUGUGCGUUGUGUGCGCUGGGAAACAUAUGUAGAUGGGAGAGAAAUGUGGGAUGACGCGUGCUGCUUUGUUACUGGUGCCAACAGAUCGCACGUGCGAUGUGCCUGCAACUGCCUCGGUGUGUUCGCCGUGGCGAUGGAGCCCCGAGAUGCACCGGGACGCAGGAGGCCAAUUUGGAUGGCUUGGGGCGCAAGCUCACAGUUGCAACACGCGAGCUGGAUAGAGGGGUUAUUGGUUGCGAUCAAUGGACUGUCCGCUGUAUGCUCUCUCCUACUCACAUUCAUACUAAUCAUGUUCCUCCGCAAAACAACAUUCAAAGGCCCCUACACGAUUCGCUGCAUUCUGAGUGCAGUGUAUGUAGUUUUGCACGCGGUUCUGUUAAGCGUGCCAUACACCGAGCAACGACAUAUCCCAUGUGUGUCAGCCGGACUGCUGUUGCAUCUCAGUGCCGUGUUGUCCUCGAGCUGGCAAUUCUGUGAGGUGCUCACCUUAUUCCGCAGCUUUGUGCUGGGUAAUUUUGCGAUCAAUGGUCUGUGGAUCUGGACGAUCGGUCUGAUUUCCCCUCUGAUUGUCGUGGGGUUACCAGCGGGACUGUCAAAACUCAAGGAACAUGGUGAAGACAUUCUCUGUCUGCCGGCCCACGAAUCAAAUGUGUUUUGGACCAUGUUCGGUAUUAUAUUUACCUAUGAAGCCGCCUCUAUCACAAUCAGCUUGGUCACUGCCUGCAAUCUGGAGACACCUGCAUACCUGAAACCGAAAGUGUUGGAACAACUGCUGGGUCAAAUAAAACGCAUGAACAUCCUCAUCGGUUUCUCCACAGCAUCCUGGAUGGCCAUUCUGCUUUCCACAAAUUUCUCUAUACCGUACCUGCCGUAUGCAGCAUUUGCUUGUAUCUCAAUACAGGGCACAAUGGUAUUUUUGCUGUAUGGCCUCUGUGACAGGGAGGUUUUUCGAUUCUGCUGGAACAAAGGCGCGGAUUAUGCGGACAGGAAAAACAGACGGAAAGAUAUGACCUCGUUGGAUAUGGAUGGGAAUAUGCGCAAGGAUGAGGCCUCCACAUCGAAUUGGGAAAUUAGCAACGAAUCAUGAGAAGCGGAAUCAGACUAUACUGAUAACGUGCAAGAAUGAGAAGCAAAGCAAUCACACCCGGAAGCAUCAAUGUGAGACACUGAGGCAUAUUUUCCACCGCACCCGCAGCAAUGCAAUUCCUUUGUGGUAGCGCCUUUGUUCUACACAGUGUGUCUAACAAUUAAUAUAGAUUUCGCACAGUG